UUGACCUUUGUCCUCAUGGCUAGUACUGAGACCCCCGUUCUCUCCUCCACAUCCAUGGACGGAAUGUUAAAACAACCACAGCAUCUGUCUCCAGCUGAUAUAGCAGUGCUUGCUGUGUAUUUCAUGUUGAUUAUGGCAGUAGGAAUAUGGUCAAUGUGGAAAACCAAGAGAAGCACAGUGAAGGGAUAUUUCUUAGCAGGCAAAGCCAUGACCUGGUGGCCGGUGGGCACGUCUCUGUUUGCUAGUAAUGUGGGCAGCGGUCACUUCAUUGGACUCGCUGGAUCAGCAGCUGCAUCUGGCAUUGGCCCUGUUACAUAUGAGUGGAAUGGUAUGCUGAUGGUUCUGCUCCUAGGCUGGCUCUUCCUCCCCAUCUACAUAGCUUCUGGGGUGACAACAAUGCCAGAGUAUCUUCAGAAGAGAUUUGGAGGCAAAAGAAUACAGAUAUUUAUUUCUGUUUUGUAUUUGUUUAUUUAUAUCUUCACAAAAAUAUCGGUAGAUAUGUACGCUGGGGCUGUGUUCAUUCAGCAGGCUCUGGGCUGGAAUAUUUACCUUGCUGUCAUUCUUCUCCUUGUCAUUACUGGUGUCUACACAAUAGCAGGUGGUCUUGCAGCCGUCAUCUACACUGACGCAGCUCAGACUGUCAUCAUGCUAAUUGGGGCCCUGAUUCUUAUGGUCUUCAGUUUUGUAGAGGUCGGCGGCUGGCAGGCCAUUUUUGAUGGCUACAGCAAUGCCAUUCCCUCCAUUAGAGUCCCAAACACCACCUGCGGGAUCCCUCGCGAGGAUGCCUUCCACGUUUUACGGGAUCCCAUUACUUCUGACUUUCCCUGGCCAGGGGUGCUGCUGGGAAUGUCAAUCCCCUCCAUAUGGUACUGGUGUUCGGAUCAGGUUAUAGUCCAACGCUCACUGGCUGCUAAGAACCUGCUACAUGCUAAAGGAGGCUCUUUGCUGACUUCCUACCUUAAGCUCCUGCCCUUCUUCAUAAUGGUCCUGCCAGGCAUGAUCAGCCGAAUCCUCUAUCCAGAUGAGGUUGGUUGUGCAGACCCUGACAUGUGUAAGCAGAUUUGUGGGAAUCCUGUGGGCUGCUCAGACAUCGCCUAUGCCAAACUGGUCAUGGGACUCCUUCCUUCAGGUGUGCGAGGUUUGAUGAUGGCUGUAAUGAUGGCUGCUCUCAUGUCUUCCCUGACUUCUAUCUUUAACAGCUCCAGCACGCUGUUCACCAUGGACUUAUGGAGAUAUAUGCACCGUGCUGCCUCAGAGUGGGAGCUCAUGAUAGUAGGCAGAGUAUUUGUCCUGAUCUUGGUGGCGGUGUCUGUGCUAUGGAUCCCCGUGGUUCAGGCCAGUCAGGGCGGCCAGCUCUUCGUCUACAUCCAGUCUAUCAGCAGUUACCUGCAGCCACCUGUCUCUGUGGUGUUCAUGGCAGGCUGCUUUUGGACAAGGACAAACGAGAAGGGAGCGUUCUGGGGUUUGAUGCUGGGGCUGCUGGUAGGCAUUUUGAGGAUGAGUCUAGAUUUCAUCUACCCUGUACCACAGUGCUUUGAGAUAGACACCAGGCCUGCUAUUAUCAAACAUGUGCACUAUCUGCAUUUCUCGAUCAUCGUCUCCCUGUUCACACUUGCUGUGGUGGUGUGUGUCAGCCUGGCUACAGAGAAACCCACAGAAGAAGAGACAAGUCGUCUGACAUGGUUCACAAGGUUUGAUCCUGUGAAGAGGAGUGAGGCCAAUAAUGACACUGUAAACUGUACUAUCGAGAACGGCUCACAUCAGGAAAAGGAUAAGAGUAAUGGUAAGAUAACAGAGCAAACAAAUGCUGGUACACGCCAUGCUGAGACUCCAUCUAAGCUGAAGUUUGCUCUGCUCUGGCUGUGUGGGAUGGAGCAGGAUUCAGGAGAACAGCCCCCUCCACCAUCGCCUGAGGCUAUAGUGUGCUCCCUCGAGGAAGAGCCCUGUCUGAGGCAUGUGGUCAAUGCCAACCUCAUUGUCUGCCUGUCACUGGGAGUGUUUCUGUUUGCCUACUGGGCCUAA